CCUAUUUUAGCUUGAGCCCAAACCCAAUCGUCUCCUCAUGCUCUCAAGUCCUAACUCCUAAGUUCUUAGGGUUCUAAGUUUCAGUCAUUUCCCUUCUUCCCUUGUAAAAAGUUGGCGAAUUAAGUAAGAAGAAGAUGGCUGCAAGCUUUGCUUCCAGAUGCUCCAGGGUGGGCCGUUCGUUGAUGGAUGGCCUUCGAAACAACUUCCCUAAUUUACCGAGCACAUCAAGAGAGACUAUAUGUGGCAGUUUCCUGUAUCAGCAACAAAGGACUUUUAUACAGAUGAGAACUGUUCUUAAAGUAGUGGACAACUCGGGGGCAAAAAAGGUCAUGUGCAUACAACCGUUGAAGGGGAAAAAAGGGGCAAGAUUGGGAGACACCAUAAUUGCAUCUGUAAAGGAGGCCAUGCCUAACGGAAAGGUGAAAAAAGGGAAGGUGGUAUAUGGUGUCGUUGUGCGUGCUGCCAUGCAGCGAGGCCGUUGUGACGGGAGUGAGGUGAAGUUUGAUGACAAUGCAGUUGUUCUUGUUGACAAGCAAGGUCAGCCGAUAGGGACCAGAGUUUUCGGUCCAGUCCCACAUGAGCUGAGGCAGAAAAAGCAUGUAAAGAUCCUCACGUUGGCGGAGCACAUUGCCUGAAGCAUGGAUCUCAAGACCCUCCUGAGCAUUAUGAAAAAAGGCGAGAUUAAUCUGCCGUUCUUUCCCUUUUCCUGUCGUAGAGCUAGAUGGAAACUGAACACUUAUCACCAUCCUGAGCAAUGAUGUGUUGAUGUUUGCCUGAUUUUCAACGAGAAUUUGACAUAUCUGAUUAAAAAAAACAGCUUUGAUAAUCAAAGUAAUUCAAAUUCAUGCUUCA